AUGGAGCACCUAGGUCCGCACCACCUCCACCCGGGCCACGCGGAGCCCAUCAGCUUCGGCAUCGACCAGAUCCUCAACAGCCCGGACCAGGGUGGCUGCAUGGGGCCUGCUUCGCGCCUUCAGGACGGAGAAUAUGGCCUUGGCUGUUUGGUCGGAGGAGCCUACACCUACGGCGGGGGCUCCGCGGUCGGAGCGGGGUCCGGGGGCGCGGGAGCCUAUGGCGCUGGCGGCCCCGGCGGCCCCGGUGGCCCGGCGGGUGGCGGCGGCGGCGCCUGCAGCAUGGGUCCGCUUGCCGGUUCCUACAACGUGAACAUGGCCUUGGCAGGCGGUCCCGGUCCGGGCGGCGGCGGCGGCGGCGGGGGUGGCGGCGGUGGCGGGGGUGCGCUGAGCGCUGCGGGAGUGAUCCGGGUCCCCGCGCACAGGCCACUGGCUGGAGCCGUGGCCCACUCCCAGCCCCUGGCCGCUGGCUUGCCCACCGUGCCCUCUGUGCCUGCCGUGCCGGGCGUCAACAACCUCACCGGCCUCACCUUCCCCUGGAUGGAGAGUAACCGCAGAUACACAAAGGACAGGUUCACAGGUCACCCCUAUCAGAACCGGACGCCCCCCAAGAAGAAGAAGCCGCGCACGUCCUUCACGCGCCUGCAGAUCUGCGAGCUGGAGAAGCGCUUCCACCGCCAGAAGUACCUGGCCUCGGCCGAGCGCGCCGCCCUGGCCAAGGCGCUCAAAAUGACCGACGCGCAGGUCAAAACCUGGUUCCAGAACCGACGGACGAAGUGGAGACGGCAGACCGCGGAGGAGCGUGAGGCUGAGAGGCAGCAGGCGAACCGCAUCCUCCUGCAGCUGCAGCAGGAAGCCUUCCAGAAGAGCCUGGCUCAGCCGCUGCCUGCAGACCCACUGUGCGUGCACAACUCAUCGCUCUUCGCUCUGCAGAACCUGCAGCCGUGGUCUGACGACUCGACCAAGAUCACUAGCGUCACGUCCGUGGCGUCGGCCUGCGAGUGA